AUUUUCUAGACCAUCAAACUGCUACAAUCUCUCUUGUUGUUACUCUCUAUUUUCUAAUUUAGUCUCUGUUUAUUCGUUGUUGUUUGUUACUUCAAAAUGACUACUAUUCCGGUGAUUGAUUUCUCAAAGCUUGAUGGAGAGGAGAGAGCCCACACCUUGGCUCAGAUUUCCAAAGGCUGUGAAGAAUGGGGAUUCUUUCAGUUAGUGAAUCAUGGAAUUCCAGUUGAGCUGCUUGAAAGGGUGAAGAAGGUAUCUGCAGAAUGUUUUAAGGUGGAAAGAGAGGAGGCUUUCAAGAAUUCAAAACCAGUCAAGUUGCUUAAUGAGUUGGUGAAGACCAAGAAAAGUGGCAAAGUUGAAAAUGUUGAUUGGGAAGAUGUCUUCCUUCUCACUGAUGAUAAUGAAUGGCCCUCCAAGACUCCUCAAUUCAAGGAAACAAUGAAAGAGUAUAGAUCAGAGCUGAAGCAGCUAGCAGAGAGAGUGAUGGAAGUGAUAGAUGUUAACUUAGGGUUAUCAAAAGGAUACAUCAAGAAAGUCUUCAAUGAAGGUGAAAAUAAUGGUGCUUUCUUUGGGACAAAAGUAAGCCACUACCCACCAUGCCCACAUCCAGAAAAAGUGAAUGGGCUAAGAGCUCAUACUGAUGCUGGUGGUGUCAUUUUGCUGUUUCAAGAUGAUCAAGUUGAUGGCCUUCAAAUCCUGAAAGACGGCGAAUGGAUCGAUGUUUUGCCUGUUCCCUACGCCAUUGUUAUCAACACAGGUGAUCAAAUUGAAGUGCUUAGCAAUGGGAAAUACAAGAGCGUUUGGCACCGUGUUUUGUCAAAACCAGAUGGAAAUAGGAGGUCCAUUGCUUCAUUCUAUAACCCUUCAUUGAAAGCCACCAUUGCUCCUGCACCAGAGCUACUUGUGGAUGAUCAGAAGGAUAUUAAGAAAAAUGAAAUGGAAUUAACUACUACUUAUCCAACUUUUGUGUUUGGAGAAUACAUGAAUGUUUAUAAUGAGCAGAAGUUCCUUCCUAAAGAACCAAGGUUCCAAGCUGUGGGAACAGUGUGAACAAGUCUAAUAAUUAUUUAUAUUUAUUUUCACUUUUGUUGCUAGUAUUUUGUUCGGGAUGUUUCAACCUUCAUAUAUAUAAAUAAAUAAAGUCAGUACGUAUUAAUUUUGA